UGAUUUUUUUUGUUGUCGAAGUUUUUAACAUUCUCGAACGCUUACAGUUGCGAGUCGCUCCACUACCACCUUAACCAAACUUCACUGCACAAAAACUCUAGCUCUUUCAUCUGAGAAAAACCCUAUCAUUUUCUUUUCCGGGCCAAUUCUAACCUAAUCUAUUCACUGUUUCAUUCGAGCUCUUUCGUCACUCUAGCCAUCCCCCACCCGCUAAUAACCCUUAACUACCGCGCGAUAAACAUGUCAAAACUUAACCGUGACUUUCCGUCCGAUGUAAUCACCGACAUCCUGUGCCAACUUCCAGUCAAGACUCUCCUACGGUUUCGGUGCGUAUCCAAACAUUGGCACUCCCAAAUUGACGGUCCGGAUUUCGUCCAGCUCCACCUCGGUCUUUCGCUCGCCACCAAGUCCAAUCUCAGCCUCAUCCUCAAGAAAUGGUACCUCUACUCCACCGAGUUUGAUUCGCUUCACACCGCCACCGAGCUCAAUCCCCCGCUGAAUAUUAUCUGGGGUUUAACAGAAGUUUUCGGCUCUUGCAAUGGCUUGUUGGCUCUCUGUAAUUCUGAGGAAGAUAUGGCUUUGUGGAAUCCGUCCACUAGAAAGUAUCAGAGAUUGCCGGUAAUGCUGGUUGAGCCUCCUUCAUGUGAUGUUAGACCUCGUCGUUUUACGUUUUAUGGAUUUGGGCGAGACCCCAUUAACGACGAUUACAAGGUGGUGAGGAUGGUGCAGUUUGUUUCCCGAGACGGUGAUGAUGGGUUUUUCUCCACUGAGCUUAAGGUUUAUAGCUUAAAGACUAACUCAUGGAGAGGGAUCAAGGAUUUCCCUUAUUAUCUUCGCUUUAUGUUUCAGCUUGGCUAUCUUCUUUUUUAUAGGAGAGGAUACGGCGUGUUUGCUGGUGGUGCUUUGCAUUGGGUCUUGCCUCCAGGGUUUGGAUGGGACUGUCAGAUUGUUGCUUUUGAUCUUGGGGUUGAGGAGUUUCGGAUUGUACCGCUGCCUGAUCAUGUAGAUCAAGGUUUUGAAAUGGAUCUUGCGGUCUUGGAAGGGUGCCUGUGCUUGCUUUUCAAUUACGAUAACGACUAUGUUGAUGUAUGGGUGAUGAAGGAAUAUGGGCUGAAGGAGUCUUGGACUAAAUUAUUUAAUGUUUCCCAGUCCACUUUGAAUAGGGCUUUUGGACAUGUGAUGCCUUUAGCUUAUUCUAAGAGCCGCGAGAAGGUUCUUUUGGAGGUGGACAGGGACAAGCUCUUUUGGUAUGAUUUUAGAAGGAGGCGAGCCAAGAGAGUGAGGAUUGAGGGAGCUCCAAAUUCAUUCAGUGCGGAUAUUUAUGUGGGAAGCCUUGUUCCCUUAGGUGGUGGUGGAGUGGAUCGGAAGGCCCUGAAACCACAAAAGGAAAGAAAGAAAAGCAAUACAAAGCACAUGGAUAAAUUUCUGUCGAAAGGCUUUAAACUGACUUUAUAAGCAUAUAUAGGGAUAUGAAGUAGAAGCAAGUGAAAAACGAUACGAAACUUGUAGAGUGCCCAACUGUUGCUCUUAUGAUUACCAAUUGAAUAGAGCUUGUUCCGUAAAGCAACUUGCUCAUCAACUGCAUUUGGGAUUGUGUGUUUAUGCAAAUAUGAUAUUUUGACAAGUUGCUGCGGAGGAUUUCAAUUUGGUUACGGAGCUUCCAGCUUAGAUAUUGCUUUGAGUUUAUACCUCAUUUACUUGACAUUGCUGUAGCUAGGUACUUCUCAUGUAUACAUCCUAUGUACUUGGCCUAUGCCUCAUUUUCUUAUGAAUAAACUUCUUGAUUGCCUAUCAAAAAAUGCUGUUGUGCAGGCUCCCUCAAUGCUUGUCAAUGUGUUACUUCUCUUGUCCUACGUAAUAUUUCCUAGUAUGCUGUAAAAUUGGACGAGUUGGUUUUUCAUAUGAUUUUCUCUGUAGAUUUACCAACUCGUGAAAGAAAACAAACUUGGUAAAUUUCCCAAUGGAAUUUAUUAGAGACAUGCAGGAUUGGGAAGUAGGUGAAGUUUCUGAUAUCUUAGGAAGAUUAUAUGAGAUGAAGCUUGAUCAGAACAGGGAGGACAGUCUACUGUGGGGUGCAUACAGUUAAUCUAAGAUUUUUAGUGAGUUCUUUUUAUAAGGUGUUAACUAGUCAUGGGGUCAAAGACUCCCUGGAAAUGUAUUUGGAGAGCCAAGGUACCUAGUAAGGUUGCUUUUUUCUGCUGGCUGGUGAAAAUAUUAACUACAGACAACUUGUUAGACCCCCACAUCGAGUUGCCUUUAGAGAUGCCGCACAUGCCCUAGUCAUGGUAGGAACAUACACCUUGGCUAGCCCACAAUCAUGCCUUGGCUCGUGGGAGGUCACGCACGGGGCGCCAAGCAUGCAUGCAUGCCUUGGCCCGCGCGAUGGCACUCACGGGGAGCCCAGAAUGCGGGCUAGCGGGGCUACUGAGGGCCUACCCCGGCGCACAGCCAAGCACCGCACGCCCAUGCGUGGGGCAGUGAGCGAAGCCAUGCGCGCGGCACAGCCCAGGCGCGCAGCACAGCCCAUGCGCGCAGCAUAGCCCGCACGCGCAGCACAACCCAUGCGCGCAGCAUAGCCCGUGCGCUUGGCAUGGCGCGCAACACCGCGCUGCACGCCCACGCACAUUCUAGUGCACAGGCCCGUGCGCACGCUAAUGGGCCGCGUGGCCCUGCGCGCCCAAGUGCUGCAAGGCCAUGCGCACAUCCAUGUGCCACACGGCCAGCCCAGCCAGCCCAGUCAGCGCGCGCUCACAUGCCCAUGCCCACCAGCCAGCCGCACGCCAGCGCACACCCAUGCCCACCAUCCUGCUGCACACCAGCGAGGUUAGUGGCAUGCCAUCCAGCGCACGGCUCCAGCCCGUGCCUUGCGGAGCAGGCCAGUGGCAU